AUGAAAUACUUCGACAAAAUCUGGAAUCUAUGGAUCAACCGGGAGUGGUAUCAUGAAUUUCUGCGGACCGCAUAUCGUUGCCGAUCAAGAUUGAACUUUUUACUUAAAAGCUGGAUACCAACAAAAAUUGAACAACAAAGAAAAAAUAUAUACUUACUGACUGAUGUUGAUAUCACUGGGCGUACUUACACAGAAUUCUCAAAUGUGAUUUUAACUCAAUGUUCAGGAACACAUGAUCUUCUCGAUUUAUGUUGUAAAACAGCUCACGAGUUUGAGCUUUAUUACAAUCUCACGGAGAAAAACUACUCGGGAUUCGAUUGGAUGUGCCGUUUCGAUGACGAUCAAUAUGUUAAUUUGAAUAAUUUGUAUAAAUAUUUGGAUAAUUUUAAUGCAUCAAUACCAUUCUACAUAGGCUGCACGCAUACCGAACCUAUUCUAAAAGUACCUGAGGAUCCAAGUCGAACAUUUCCAUAUGCCAUUUAUGGGGGUGGCGUGUGCUAUUCGAAAGCAAUGUUAAAAAAAAUGCGACACUUCGUUAAUAAGAAAUCUAUGCCGAGUUUGUGUCAGAGAGUCAAUUUUGUGGACGAUAUGUGUCUUGGUUAUAUUUGCGUUGUAAAGUGUAAUACGUCAAUGACGAUCAUUAAUGAGCGGUUUCAUGCUCAUGUGGAGAAAGUAAAUGAAUCAUUCCAUCAAUGGGAUCUCGACAAACUAGCCGACAUGAUAACGGUUGGAUUCUCAAGCUUCGUAUAUCCGAUGAAUCGAAUGCUUCUCUUUCAUCAUCUCAUUCAAUUACAAAAAAGUGAUACUAAUUCUCUUUAUCUGAUAUCAAAUUUACUGUGGAAUCUUCAAAGGGAAUACGAGGCUUCACAUCUUCAGAAUAUUGUUAGAGUAGCACACAAUGAAGGUACUUGCCGCAAUUAA